AUGCGUUCCAAGUUCAAGGACGAGCACCCUUUUGAGAAGCGCAAGGCUGAGGCCGAGCGUAUCCGUCAGAAGUACACCGACCGUAUCCCAGUCAUCUGUGAGAAGGUCGAGAAAUCCGACAUCGCGACUAUCGACAAGAAGAAGUAUCUUGUCCCCGCCGACCUCACCGUUGGUCAGUUCGUCUACGUCAUUCGCAAGCGUAUCAAGCUCUCCCCCGAGAAGGCGAUCUUCAUCUUCGUUGAUGAGGUGCUGCCUCCUACUGCCGCGCUGAUGAGCAGCAUCUACGAGGAGCACAAGGAUGAGGAUGGCUUCCUCUACAUUACAUACUCCGGCGAGAACACCUUCGGUGACCUGUAA